UGAUCGGUCAAUAGACUUAAAUGCACUGAUAUAAAUGCCGUGGAAAGCGGGGACGAACUCCGUCCUGAAGGAAAACAAUGACAACUGAACAUUAACGCGUCAUUUCAUCGCUUUCCUGCAAAAAACAGGAUUCUUUUAACGUUUAUUUUAAAGGGAUGGAAAAUAAAGAGCGACUAACCAAAACCAUAUCAUCGGAUAAUUGGAUCUUUUUUUAAAAAAAGAAAAGGCACAAAUGUGUUCCUAUGAGAAGACGAGCGGAGUGAUGAACUCAGACCAGGAAAGGCCGUUUGUGUGCAACGCUCCUGGCUGUUCUCAGCGCUUCCCGACGGAGGACCACCUGAUGAUACACCGACACAAACAUGAAAUGACCCUCAAGUUUCCCUCCAUAAAGAACGACAACAUGUUAUCAGACCAAACGCCCACACCGACACGUUUCUUGAAGAAUUGUGAGGAGGUGGGUUUGUUCAGUGACCUGGACUGCUCCAUCGAACAGGAGUUCUGCAAGGCCCAGGAAGAAGAAGACAGUAAACGGAACAUCCAGCUGCACAGCCAGGGAGGCCAAGGUCAGCACCAGCAGUCCCACUCACGGAUGGGCAACCAUGAUACCAGCAUAGUCAUCCAGCAGGCCCUGCCUUCCCCUCAGUCCAGCUCCGUCAUCACUCAGGCUCCAUCCACCAACAGACAGAUAGGGCCUGUGCCCGGGUCUCUGUCCUCGCUGUUGCAUCUACGAAACCGACAGAGACAGCCUCUGCCUGCCUCCAUGCCUGGAACACUGCCAGACCCGACCAUGCCCGGCUCCUCGGCCGUGCUGAUGCCUAUGGAGAGACAAAUGUCCAUGGGCUCCAACAUGAUGGCCAUGCAGGGACCCACCCACAACAGCUCCUGCUCGUCCACUCACAUCCCCUCUAUGCACUCAGAAGCCAAGCUGAGACUGAAGGCAGCACUUUCACACCACCCUGGAGCCAUCGCCAACGGGAACAUGAACUCCAUGGGCCACAUGAUGGAGAUGAUGUCAUCGCGGCAGGAGCAGGGCAACCACCAUCACAUGCACUCGCACCCGCACCAGCACCUGCAGGCUCCUCCCCAUGCGUACCAGCACCACGGCCAUCACCACCACAACCAGGGCCACGGGCAGGCCGCACACCACCACCCGCAGGGACACAACCCCCACCACAACUCCCACAAUCCCCACCUUCACCCUGGUCACCCUCACCAGACAUCGCCGCAUCCUACAAUGCACUCGGCUUCACAGAUGUCACCCGCUACCCAGCAGAUGCAGCCCUCACAGACGCUGCAGUCUCCACCCCCCAGCGGAGGGCGGCGUAGGCGAGUUGUGGACGAGGACCCUGACGAACGUCGACGGAAGUUCUUGGAGCGGAACAGAGCUGCGGCCACCCGAUGCCGACAAAAGAGAAAAGUCUGGGUGAUGUCGUUGGAGAAGAAGGCGGAGGAGCUCACGCAGACCAACAUGCAGCUGCAGAACGAAGUGACGAUGCUGAAGAACGAAGUGACCCAACUCAAGCAGCUCCUCCUCACACACAAGGACUGUCCCAUCACCACUAUGCAGAAAGAGUCUCAAGGUUACCUCAGUCCAGAGAGCAGUCCCGCUGGAAGCCCGACGCCAGCGUGCUCACAGCAGCAAGUCAUUCAGCACAACACCAUCACCACCUCCACCACGACUGUAGGGGGCAGCAAUGGCCACGGACAAACCAACCACCGCACAGACAUAAACCCCAUCCACUAGGGACCAAGAGAGACUGUUACCCGGCCUGUUGCCCCACACCAUGCCCCUGCUUUUCUGUUACGCGAGGGUCACGGGCGCGGCUUUUUACCCUGCUUCAAGAAAAACCUCAAAGGCCUGUGAGGCCGUUCUUUCUACAGUAGCUACAGUAUGUAUUUUUAUAGACCCACUCUAUUAACACGUAAACCUUCUACGGUUUGUCAUCUUUUUUUAACAUGUUUUUUUUUGUGCGGGAUUAGCAGACGGAGUCUUUGCUAAUCUCAUGCAGCAUUUAAGUGACUUUUAUUCUUUGUGUAAUGGUACUGAGUGGACCACAGCCGUGGUGGAAUCUAAGAACAGGGGCAGUAGCCUCGGACCGUCAUCUCUUCAAACAAACCAACAUCUCUGUUUGUCUCAUGGACAGAAGAACCGUUCACUAACUUUCAAACCUCGGCAGUAUGAGCUGAGCAAAAGGAUUUUUCGUAAAUGAGCGAGGGGAGAUUUCUGAAGAACCGUUGCCCAUCAGGAACAGUGUUGUUCAAGGUUGAUCUGCACUGACAGCAGGAGGAAAACACACGUUCUGUCCAACAUGGACCGAGGUUCUUACUAUUCCUAGAUUUAAUUUUUUUUUGCAACAAAAAUUCUAAAACAAAUUGCUCGAAAUAUUGUUACCAGCACCAUGCAACAUUUACCAGUUACUUAAAAGAAACAUAAAAACCAAUAUACGACCAGUGUUUAUAGCAUUUCAAUGGCAGUGCAAUUGACUGCCGUAGAACAAAAACCAAACCAAUCACAAGCCUCAUCUUUAACCGCUGCGUCGUCAGCUUCAGAUAUGAAACUUUAGCUGGACGGACCUGCACAACGAUCAACAGAACCAAGUUGCCAUCUUUCUUUUUCUCUUGUCCUCCUACUCUGUUCGAUUCCUGGAUUAUACUGAAUGCAAACAUCUAGUUGUGUCUCAAUACAUACUGGCUCAUGUUGCAUAGCAUUUGCAAUAACAUUUUGAGCACAUACAAAUAUAAAUCAAAAUUUCAGAUAUUGCUCUACAGCUUAUAGCUAGCUCUCCAAGGUUAGGAAAAAUAAGAGCCCCCUGGUCUAUGGUGGACUAGAUGUUUUUGUCUUCCUGACUCAGUCCUCAGUAAACUUCUCCUUUGUGUUCUCCUUGUUGUCCUUGAAUCCGGGAAUAUAAAACAGAGGGAAUGUUCCUUUCCCGGGUUAGGGUUCAAGACUGUUAACUACUCCCCGUCCCAGGCAGACACAGAGAUUGUUAUGAUACGUUUACGGUUGAGACAUUGCAAGUACUGAUCGAUCAAACAGAAGCAAUACAGCGAUAGUAUUGAUCACAUCUCAACUGUUCGUCCAUGUGAUGAUCAGCGUGGCCCAGCCAUUCUGGUCCCUGACAACAAAAGGCACUAUUACAUCCACAGAACUGUACACUGUGAUACCAGUGAGGCAGCUUAGCUUAGGGAGCUGAAAGCAGCUCCUGCGCUCUCUAGGACCAACUGAAGCUUUAACCCUCGAGGCCUCCUCCCUUCUUUCCUCCUCUUUAAGAUUUAAAUGAAUAUUCCAUAAAAUGCAUACAUUUUGUUACGCGUGCAUGUAAAAUAUGUUUAUGACU